AUGCUGGAGUGGAAUGAGUAUCAAUUGGCCCAGGGUGCAGGGACAGUGGAAGAGGGUAAUAGUGUAGGAAAGGUGGGGGCAACCAGAGGCUGGGAGAAACCACAAGAUAAUUGGAUUAAGAUCAAUACGGAUGCAGCCCUGAACAUGAAGCGAGGUAAAGCUGGAUGGGGCAUUGUGGCAAGAGAUAGGCAUGGGAGGGUGAUAAGAUCCUGGGCAUGUCCAACUACAAGCUGUGCAAAUGCAAAAGUUGAGGAAGCCUUGGUGAUCAAGGAGGCGAUGGGGCUACCCAGGAGAGAGGGAUGGAGGAAGGUGGAGUUUGAAUCAGAUUGUAAGUUGGUGGUAGACAAGAUUAAUGCGUAUGAAGAAGAUAGUACCAUAGCUAUUAUACUGGCAGAUAUUUGGAGCCUGCGUACUAAAUUUGAUAAAUGUUGUUUCUCCUUCACAAGAAGGUCAAACAACUCUAUAAGUCAUCAAUUAGCAAAAUUUGUUAUAGAUUUGAUAGAUAUUGCUGAAUGA